AUGCUGGCGCGUGUCAUUUCGGCUCCUCUCCUUCGCUCCAUUUCAAUUCGCCCGUUUGCAACCGUUACUGCUGCCAUGGUGAAGCAGCUCCGAGACCUCACGGGUGCUCCCAUGAUGGAUUGUAAGAAAGCUUUGCAAGCUGAAGGUGUGGACGGAAACAUUGAAAAAGCAGUGGAAGUGCUCCGCAAGCAGGGAAUGAAGCGAGUGAACAAAGUGAGUUCCAGAACUACGCAGCAGGGCGUGAUUGCCUCUACCAUCACAGAGAAGAAGGCUACCUUGGUGGAAUUGCUCUGCGAAACGGACUUUGUGGCUCGCAACGAUCAGUUCCAGAAACUGGCGCGAGACAUCUCCUCCCUAGUAUUCACGACGGGCGUAACCUCGGUGGACGCUCUUCAGCAAUCCAAGUUCGCUGACGGUUUUUCUGUCGCUGAUCGCCUCCACGAGACGAUUGCGAAGAUGGGAGAGAACAUCGUGCUGCAUCGCUGCGCCUCCCUCGAGACCGCUUCUCCCUCGAGCAUUCUCUGCAGUUACGAGCACAAUUCCGUCGGUCCGCACAUGAGCCAAAUCGCUGCGUUGGUUUCGUUCGCCGUCGACGGCGACGCGAGUAAACUCGAUCGCGAUGCCCUGCACAAGAUCGGAAUGCACAUCGUGGCGGCCAGUCCGGAGUAUCUCCGCCGCGAAGAAGUCCCCGCCGAAAUUUUGGCGGGCGAGCGAAGAUUGGUGGAGGAAGAAGUGAAACGGCUGAACAAGCCGGAGAAGAUCGCGAAGAAGAUGGCGGAGGGAAAGCUGGGGGAGUUCUAUCGGCAGAAAGUGCUGGUGGACCAGCUGUUCGCGUUGGAUGAGAAGCAGGGAAGCGUGGGGAAGAUGGUGGAGAAACUGGGGAAACAGGCGGGGUGCAAGGUGGCGAUUGAAGGGUUUGUGCGGAUGCAGGUGGGGAAGUAAUUUUAGAGGGUGUUGAAUGAAUGAAU